AUGGCCCGGCUCCUGCCCGUCACCCUCGGAUGCCUCAGCCUCCUCUACCUGCAGCUCCCAGGCACGCUGCCCCGUGGCCAGGGCAGAAGCCGGCAGCCCGCCCGGCCCAGGGCACCUCCAGCCAGGACCCUUGCCAGCGGCCUGCAGCCCCAGCACCCUGCACCCCGGCCUGUGAUCCAAAAGCCGCCCCAGGCCCUGCAGCCACAGAGGGGCGCCAGUCUGUCCCCUGCCGCGGGUCAGCCUCUCCGGAGUGGUCCCCGUCGACACUUGGGCCCCCCAAGGCCCAGAGCCCAGCUCCUGCGGGCGGGCUGUGUGCUGAGCACCUGCCAGGUGCAGAACCUCAGCCACCGUCUGUGGCAGCUGGUGGCAUCGGCCGGCCCCCGGGACCCAGCCCCCAUGGACCCCAGCAGCCCCUACAGCUAUGGCUGA